GCCCCCUCAGGCGCAGCCCCCCCCCAUGGCAGCCCCCUCUGCCUUCCAACCCCCACCCCACAGGGAGGGGACAGCCUCCCAGGACAAUGCCCCCUGGAAACCCCCAGCCCUCCACAGGCGCAGCCCCCCCCAACGGCAGCCCCCUCUGCCCUCCAACCCCCACCCCACAGGGAGGGGACAUCCUCCCAGGACAAUGCCCCCUGGAAACCCCCAGCCCUCCACAGGGGCAGCCCCCCCCAUGUACAGGGGCAGCCCCAAUAACUACCCUAGCCCCCACCCUUGGGUGGGGAGGGUCCAGAACUUCCCCAGGGUGUCCCAUAUCCAGUUCCCCCCACUGGGCAAGCCAGCAGCCUGGGGAGUGGGGAGACGACCUGCAUGGAUGGCUUGCACGUGGGGGGCUGAAAACCAAGGCCCCACAUUUCAUUCGGGGCGGGGGAGAAAACCCACCAUCUCCCCUUUUCCGGGGUAGGUAGGACUAGCCAUGGUUGCCUGGACAGCCCACCCUCCAUUGUUUUCCAGAGACUCGGCUUUAAUUUUUAUUUGUAAUUAAGACUCUAGCUGCUAGGAUGGCAAAGGGACGCUUUCAAACGCGACUGGAGGAGAACCAACGUCUGCCUGACUCUUCCGAGACCCUGCGCCGAUUGCUGGGAGAGCACCAGAAGCAGCCGGCUCGUGCCAUCCUGUGGCGUGGAGUUCCCCAGGUGAAGGUCCGGCAUUCAGCACUUCCCCGGAGGGCAGCGACCUGGAAUAAAGAGAGACAUGGGGUCAGAGCUUCAAGAGAGCGGCACAUCGUCAAGGGGCCUGGAGGAACAAGUCGCUGGUGAUUCGCCCCCUGCGGAGCCCACCUCCUCCCCCCUCCAGCGUGGGGGCGGGCAGUGUCCAGGCACAAGCUAACAAAAUAAUUGUUCAUUCACCAGCACCCCUCGUGCCCUGGUCUCCAUAGAGAGCCCAGUGCCCUCCCACGCCUCCCCCGUCCCGCCCACUCACCUGUGGAGGCCUCAUAUACCCCCCCCCCGCCUCCCCAGCUCACAGGAUCAGUCCAGGGAGAGGUGGUGACACAGGGAGAGUGAGCCCUGGUGUUAAACAAGAGCCUUGUCCUCUCCGGGCUGGAAGUGCUUCAGACCUGCCUCCCCAGCCAUUCUCGUCAGGAUCCCUCUCCCGGACGGGUCUCCCCGGACGCUUCCAUCCGAAUCUGUCCCCUGGAUGCUUCUCCCUGGCUGGUUCCUUUAGGCUCCGUCUCUCACAUGCGAGAUCCGUCUCCCCUGUGGUUCCAUCGGGAUCCGCCUCUCAGACACGUCUCUCUGGUUCCACCAGGAUCCCUCUCCCAGACACGUCUUCCUGGCUGGUUCCUUUAGGCUCCGUCUCUCAGGCGCGUCCCUGGCCGGUCCCAUCGGGAUCCGUCUCCCAGAGCCAGAUCCUUCAGAGGGAACUAUCUGGAUCUCAUAUUCACACACCUCCCAUAGGGCUCUGUUUUCUGGACUCGUGGCCCCAGCUGAUCCCACAAAGAACUGUCUUCUGGCCUUGUCUCUCCACUACGACCUUCCUUGCCUUGGUGUCUCCAGCCGAUCCCCACCCAGAAUUAUUUCCUGGGCUCCUCUCUCUGCUCCGACGCCCUCGCGUCCCCACUAAGAUCCCUGCUUCGCUCCCGUUGGCCUCCUCCUCCUCCAGCAAUGGCUUCUGCAGGGCUGGAGCUCUUGGGCAUGGGGCUAUGCAUCUUUGGCUGGCUGGGCUCCAUCAUCUCCUGCGCCCUGCCCAUGUGGAAGGUGACGGCCUUCAUCGGCAACAACAUCGUGGUGGCGCAGAUCAUCUGGGAGGGGCUGUGGAUGAACUGCAUCGUGCAGAGCACGGGCCAGAUGCAGUGUAAGGUCUAUGACUCUAUGCUGGCUCUGCCCCAGGACCUGCAGGCCGCCCGCGCCCUCAUGGUCAUCUCGGUGCUGCUGGCCGUGCUGGCCUUGCUGGUGAGCGUGGUGGGCGCCAAGUGCACCAACUGCGUGGAGGAUGAAGGCGCCAAGGCGCGGAUCAUGAUCGUCUCCGGCGCCGUCUUCGUGGUCGCCGGCGUCCUCUGCCUCAUCCCCGUGUGCUGGUCGGCCAACACCAUCAUCCGGGACUUCUACAACCCGCUGGUGUCCGAAGCCCUGAAGCGGGAGCUGGGGGCGGCGCUAUAUGUGGGGUGGGCAGCCGCCGCCCUGCUGGUUCUGGGGGGGGCUCUGCUUUGCUGCUCCUGCCCCCCCCGCUCCGAGAGGUACCCACCCCGGGUCGGGUACAUGGCGGCUGCCAGGUCUGGGGUGGGCAGCGGGGUGGACAAGAGGGACUAUGUCUGAGGGGAGUGGAGGAGGGGAUAGAGGGAUGAGCAUGUGGGUGAACAGAUGAAUGAGUGAAGAGUGAGGGAAUGAACGAGGGAGUGAAUGGAUGAAGGUGUGAAGAGGUGAACGAGGGAGUGAAUGGAUGAAGGUGUGAAGAGGUGAACGAGGGAGUGAAUGGAUGAAGGUGUGAAGAGGUGAAUGAGGGAGUGAAUGGAUGAAGGUGUGAAGAGGUGAAUGAGGAGUGAAUGGAUGAAGGUGUGAAGAGGUGAAUGAGGGAGUGAAUGGAUGAAGGUGUGAAGAGGUGAAUGAGGGAGUGAAUGGAUGAAGGUGUGAAGAGGUGAAUGAGGAGUGAC